AUGUCAGCUGCAAUUGCUGAGCAUCAAAGCUCAACAAGCCUGAAACAUCCGGGGAACAAGCUUGAGGUUCAACGCAGCAACUCUGAGUAUAAACAUACAAAUACGUGUUCUCUCAUCAAGAAGAACAAAAGCAGAAGCCCUUUUUCUUACAUUAAGCGCCCUGUUGAGAAGCCACCAAUCUACAGCUCUUUUCCUUAUAUUUCCUAUAUUAAAAUUGAUACUGGAGUCAUAUUUCUCUACGCGAAAAAGAGGGCUGGAACGACGGCGGUCACCAAGGAGCUCUUACAGAUGGCCCUGUACGCGCUACUAGGUAUUGAAGAGAAGGCGGCGGACAAAGAGGUGAAGAAGGCGUCCAGGCAGAAGGCCCUCUCCUGCCACCCAGACAAAAAUCCCAAUAAUCCCAAAGCAGCUGAGCUCUUCCACCAGCUUUCUCAGGCCUUGGAAGUGCUGACCGAUGCUGCGGCCAGGGCUGCCUAUGACAAGAUCAGGAGAGCCAAGAAGCAGGCAGCAGAGAGGACCCAGAAACUGGAUGAGAAGAGGAAGAAGGUGAAGCUUGACCUGGAGGCCCGGGAGCGGCAGUUACAAGAACAGCAGAGGCUGAUGUGGGAGCAGAUGUGCCAGGAACGGGAGCAGAGGCUGAGAGGAAAGGCAGAACAUUGUGAAGCCAAAGGAACCCCUAAACUAAAGCUAAAGUGGAAGUGCAAGGAGGACGGGUCCCAAGAUGGCUACUCUGAAGAUGUCCUCCUGCGGCUUUUGCAAAAGUAUGGUGAGGUUCUCAACCUGGUGCUUUCCAGUAAGAGGGCAGGCACUGCUGUGGUGGAGUUUGCGACUGUCAAGGCUGUGGAGCUGGCUGUGCAGAAUGAAGUGGGCCUGAUUGAUAACCCUCUGAAGAUUUCCUGGCUGGAGGGACAGCCCCAGGGCAUGGCGGGCCCUGGCCACCCAGGACUGUCAAAGGGCUCAGUGCGGUUGGAGAGGGACUACGAGAGCCUCGUCAUGAUGCGCAUGUGCCAGGCUGCUGAGCGGCAGCUGCUGAUCGCCCAGAUGCAGCAGGAGGACAAGGAGGCGCCGCCCAGUUAA